AUGCCGCUACCUUCUCAAUGGAACGGAGCCUCUCCUCCACAAUGGUUCGACUAUCCUCUGUGUGGUUGGAAAGGAGUGCUUGAAGCGAUUCAACAGCCGCCAAGAGGCAUGCUGAUUCUUGUCAAAGGAACAAUCCCACCCUCAUCGGGUCUCUCCUCUUCUUCUGCUUUGGUCUGUGCUGCUGCACUUGCCACACUUGUCCUUCACACAGGGCAUGGCUUCACAAGCAUGCACAACAAGGAAUGGCUGGCUGAUCUAUGUGCUAAGGCUGAGCACAUGAUUGGCACUUGUGGUGGUGGAAUGGAUCAAGCUUGUGAGGUGAAAACGGCGAUUCCGGCAAAUGUAUCAGCUGAAGAAGUGAUCGCUGAAAUUGGAAAAGAUAACCUCACAGCCUUGCUAACAGAAAAUACAAAACAUAUGAAAGAAUUCAACCUCAGACCCAGAGCUUUGCAUUGUUUUGGAGAAGCCCAACGGGUGAACGAUUUCGAAGAAGCUUGUAAACGAGAGGAUCUCAUUGCAAUGGGUCAACUUAUGAAUCAAAGUCAUAAAAGUUUACAAGAAAACUACGAGAACACGAGUCCAGGGAUCGAUAAGUUGAUCAAUGAGUGCAAAAAAGCUAAUGUUCUUGGAGUGCGAAUGACUGGCGGUGGUUGGGGCGGUUGUUUGGUGGCUUUGAUCGACAAAAAUAAUCCGAUUGAUCUCUCACAGCUCAAUGUGCUCUUUAACUCUUCACCUUGCCAAGGAAUCACUUUUGAGGAACUUUAUGAUCAGAAA